AUGGCUUCUCAUAUUACUGAUAUUGAUGACAUUGUUGCUGGAAAAAAUCGAUUGGAAGAUACGUGUAUGUAUGGGAUUGCCAAUGCAUUCAAUGAAACCAAGUUGCUUAUAAUUCCCAACAUUGAAGAAUGUUGCAACUACAAGAAAGAGAUGAAAACUGGCAAUGCAUCUUUGACCCAAGGGGUCACCCAGAUGGCAGCACAAUCUUCACUUUCUUUGUCUAAUGAUCUACUCCAAACAAAAAACAUGACAAUUUCAGAUAUUACACAAGCUAAACAGGUGGGUGCAUAUGUUGUCUUGGCUAAAAUUAUUGGCAUAGACACCAAUAAGAAAUGGUGCUACGUUUCAUGUAAUAAGUGUUUCAAGAAGGUUAAACCUGUUUGUACAAAAAGGUUUAUGGUGCACAUUCAUGUUAUGGAUGAUAGUGGGUCAACUACCUUUGUGUUGUUUGAUGGAGUUAUUUCACAACACUUUGGAAUGACUGCAAAAGAACAAAUGGGAAUGACCACAAAUGAUUAUCCAACCGAGUUUGACAACUUACAUGAUAAGGAAAUGCUUUUCAAACUGGAGAUCAAUCAAAAAAAUGUUGAACAGAGGUUUUAUACCUAUGCAGUCAAAAAGAUGUGUGAUGACAAUGAAAUCAUUGAUGAGUUUAAAAAAAAGUAUUAUAUUGAGUGUCAUGCUGCUCCUCUGAAUGUUGAGGAAGAUGAUGUUGAUAUCAUAUGUCCUAUUACUCCCCAAACUGAUGAUAACAUUAAGCUUCUUGGUGAUGAAGCUAAUUCUAUUCCUAAAGAUACUCAUUCAUCCAAGUCUUUGAGAAAGAGAAACGCCGACUCAGAUGCAACAUAUAUUGACGUUGAUUGUCAAACUCGGUCGUCCACCACUAAAUUGCAGAAAGUUAUCAAAAUUAAGCAAGAACCUGAAGAUUGA